UUCCCCAAAACAGUAAUCUUCACACAAACAAAAACAUAAAAAAGCAGAUCAGUAAGUUACAUUACAGAUGCAGUUGAAUCUCUAAUGAAUCUAUAUAUACACAUUCGAAAUAAUUACAUUAUAUCAACAUUCGUAGGGCUACUGUGGGCAACCUGACCUUCAGAACCAGAUACCUUCUCCUAAACGCGUUCCACAACGCCAUUCAAUGCCAUAAAAGUCAGCGAGUAUCGGGGGGAGGAGCCCAGAACAACUCCAAUACUUCGGAGCUUUCCACCGCUCAAAAGCAUGUAAAUUCUAAGGAACUAUGCGAAGGAUCAGUAUACCAAAUAGGCUCUACAGUUACACUCACCCUUUAGUGGCUGGUAAUUUAGCACAGAAGAAGUUAACAGAGAGGACUGACCAGGGAGACUAAUAAGGAUCUACAUGAAUUAAUUAAUUAAUCAAAGAUAAAGUGGAAAGGCCAACACAUCCCAAAAUUGCCUCGGACGGGUCGUGUCGGGUUGAACACUUUGCAAUAUCAGAAAUAUCAGAAAUCGGGAAUUGUAAACGCCGACAGUCUUCUACAAAAACAAGAGGUCACAAAAGUAAACGUUAUUUACACCAGUAUGCCUAGCCUAUUCUCUAAAGAAGAUGCUGUGAAAUUUAAAUAAACAGUUUGAGGGGACUUUUGAUGCUUCGCAUCCUCACGUCUCCACAUGGAUCAACCUCUCUAACCCAAGCAUCCUUUGGAUUAGCCACAGUCUUUCUCACUCUGCACAACGGGUGUCCGUUCGAUAUGUCGAGGUUUGUUCGGACUAGCUGGAGCUGAGGCUGGGAGCUCGCUUUCCUCCAAAUAACCUACAGAUUUUAUUCUAUUGAUACAACGGACAGAAAAUGCUACCCCGCAUCAUUUUCCUUUGCUCAUUUUUCGCUGCUGCUUGUUUCCAAGACAUCCAGCCCUCCAAGGCAUUUCUGAGUGAGUCCUGUGACUCAUUGUGUACUUGUGAAGAAAAAGAUGGCAUCCUGUAUCUUAACUGUGAGGAGAGAAAUAUCAGCAAGAUCUCCCAAAUCAAAGUGCCGUCAGCUCUACCUUUCCACCUCAAUCUGUACAAAAACGACUUGGUGGAGUUGCAUGCAGAAGACUUGGAAGGUUUAAAGAAUGCUGUUUCACUUCAUCUCGGGGCUAAUAGCAUACAAGAGCUUGAACCUGGGGUCUUUAGUGCACUGGGCUCCUUGAAGAAGCUCCACAUCAACAGUAAUUUCCUGGUCAUGUUGAAGGAAGACACUUUUCACGGCUUGGUAAAUUUGGAGUUUCUCCAGGCGGACACAAACUUCAUCCGCGUGGUCGAGCCGGGGGCAUUCAGCAAACUCAUCCGCCUCAAAGUUCUGAUCCUCAACGACAACGCCAUUGAGUUUCUUCCCAGCAAUAUUUUCCGGUUUGUUCCACUCACCCACUUGGACCUGCGGGGGAACCAGUUACAGACCCUGCCUUACGUUGGCUUCCUGGAGCACAUUGGGCGGAUCAUGGAGCUUCUUCUGGAGGACAACGACUGGAUGUGUGAUUGUGAGAUCCUUCAUCUGAAGAUCUGGAUGGAGAACAUGCGGUCCCAGUCGGCCAUUGGGGAGGUGGUCUGCAGCAGCCCCCACCACCUCAGGGGCACCAUCCUAGCCAAAAUCAAACGGGAUGUUCUCUGCCCCUCUCACGCUGAUAUCAACUUAGAGGAGCCUUCCAAGUCACUCGACAUGGUGGUCACUCCAUCUUCCAAAGUGGCAGAGAGUCCGAAGUUGGAGGACGCCAAGGAUGACGUAAAGAUUCCGACACCUGCUUAUGUUCCAGGGAGUCCUUGUGUGGAGCACUGUUCUUGUCACAAUCACCCUGUGGCUGGGUUUUUAAUGCAUUGUCAGGAUAGAGGGAUUCAACGGAUUUCGGAUAUUGGAAUACUUGAGCAAAGCCCUACCAAGCUGGUGCUCACAGGAAACAUGAUUCAGAGACUGUUGAAAUAUGACUUUGUCACAUAUGAUGGUUUGGAGUUAUUGAAUUUAGCCAACAAUCGAAUUGAUUACAUUGACAAUGAAACUUUUCUCAGCUUAAGCAAUUUGAAAAAACUUUAUCUCAACGGCAACAGAAUUGAAACCCUUUCCGCGACCAUGUUCAUUGGACUUCACAACCUUGAAUACCUAUAUUUGGAAUAUAACAUUAUCAAAGAAAUUGUUCCAGGAGCUUUUAAUCCUUUGCCAAAUCUCAAACUCUUGUCUUUGAAUAACAAUCUGCUGACUAGUCUCCCAUUGCAGAUAUUUCGCAACGUGCCCCUCACCAAACUGAACCUGAGAAAAAAUCUGCUCAUGCACCUGCCUGUUAGCAACGUGCUGGACCAGCUUGACUCUUUAGAGCAGAUUUAUUUAGAGGACAACCCCUGGGACUGCAGCUGUGACUUAAUCAGUCUCAAACAGUGGGUUGAGAAGCUGAGGAAGGACACAGUCGUAGGUUCCAUUUUGUGUCACACACCGAGAAAAGUGGCAAAGGCUGAGCUGAGGGCCCUCAGAAACGAGUUGCUGUGCCGCGGCCUAGUGACCUACUCCUUGCCCACAGAUGAGGACGAGACAACCACAGUGGCGACUGACGGCGCUAGGAGUGGUUUCUUCAGCUCAAUCACAGACUCAGUUCCGCUCUCCGUUCUGAUCCUUAGCUUGCUCGUCAUCUUCCUCAUGGUCAUCUUCUGUUCAGCAGGGAUCGUGGCAUUCCUCGUGCACAGACGGCGAAGGAGGGUGAAGAAGAAACAGGCGGAAGAGCAGCCGCGGGAGAGCAGCAGCCCCAUCCACCUGCAAUACAGCAUGUACGGCCAGAAAACCACCCACCACACACUGGGACAGAGGACAGGAAGCACCGUGUACGACGAGCGCUCACACAGCCCCAUCGUCCAGAUCUGCCGCAACCCCACCUACUGCACUCAGCAUAAAGAAUAUGAGUCCGACCUCAAUGAACUGGACGAACCAAAGCACAUCUGUCGUAGCAUCAUGGAGACAGAGAAUACUUCCCCUCUCACAGGCUCUAAUUUGAAGUUCAGAGCUGUGACGUCAGACUGUCCAACUGAGUUCGUAACACUCGGAGAUGCGAGCUCCCUCUAUAAAAACAUACUAGAGAGGGAGAGGGUUAGGGAGCUGCAGCAGCUCGGAAUUACUGAAUACCUCAGGAAAAACAUGUCCCAGCUACAACCAACGGUAGAGAUGCAGGUCCCAGGACACCACGAGGAACUGAAAUUAAUGGAGACUAUUAUGUUGUCAAGACCGAGGAAGGUAAUGGUGGAACAAACGAAAAACGAGUACUUUGAACUCAAAGCUAACCUACACGCCGAGCCAGAUUAUUUGGAGGUUCUGGAGCAUCAAACUGCAUUUAACUGAUUUAAAAAGACAAUUCAUGGUUUUAUAUUCAACUCCAGAAGUGCCUUGUCCAAAACUGCCAUCUUAUAUUUUCAGUCGAAGACCGACAUAUCCCACAGCGGUCUUGGACAUACAAGUCAUUUGUAGCACAGAAUGUACUGUAUAAUUAUCUUUUUUUUUGUCAUUUUGUUUUCCUAUACAGUGCCUUGCAAAAGUAUUCAUCCCCCUUGGCAUUUUUACUAUUUUGUUGCAUUACAACCUGUAAUUUAAAUUGAUUUUAAUUUGGAUUUCAUGUAAGGGACAUACACAAAAUAGUCCAAAUUGGUGAAGUGAAAUAAAAAAUUUUACUUGUUUCAUAAAAUUAAAAAAAAUGAGAAAACGGAAGUGUUCGGUGCAUAUGUAUUGACCCCCUUUGCAAUGAAGCCCCUAAAUAAUAACUUGUGCUACCUUUACUUUCAGAAGUCACAUAAUUAGUUAAAUAAAGUCCACCUGUGUGCAAUCUAAGUGUCACAUGAUCAGUCACAUGAUCUCAGUAUAUAUGUACCUGUUCUGAAAGGACCCAGAGUCUGCAACACCACUAAGCAAGGGGCACCAUGAAGACCAAGGAGCUCUCCAAACAG